CUUCAAUUUAGUCAAACGUUCGCAUUGAAGCAAUAACAACAGUCUGAAAGAUGUUAAACCCUGUAGAUUCACAUACUCUCAUAUUUUUUGUGAAUGGACGGAAGAUUGUUGAGGAAAAUGCAGAUCCUGAAGAGUUGCUUCUACCCUACUUAAGGAAGAAACUUCUUCUCACGGGAACAAAAUAUGGAUGUGGAGGUGGUGGAUGUGGUGCUUGCACAGUAAUGGUAUCAACCAUCCAUCCUGUUUCCAAGAAGAUUCUACAUUUCUCAGCCAAUGCCUGCCUACUGCCAAUAUGCUCCAUGCAUGGUGCAGCCGUCACAACCAUCGAGGGCAUCGGAAGCACAACUACCAAAUUGCAUCCUGUGCAGGAGAGAAUAGCUAAAGCUCAUGGUUCCCAGUGUGGUUUCUGUACUCCUGGGAUGGUGAUGUCUGUGUAUAGCUUACUAAGGAAUCAUCCAGAACCAACUAUGGAGCAGAUAUAUGAAAGCCUAGGAGGUAAUCUCUGUCGCUGUACUGGUUACAGGCCAAUAGUGGAUGGAUGCCGAACUUUCUGUAAUAAAACUGAUUGUUGCCAAGUCAAAGAGAAUGGGAUGGAAAAGAUUUCUACACCUGAUACAGUAGAUAACAUCCUCACAGGUUUGUUUAAAGAAGAACAGUUUUUACCUCUUGAUCCAACACAGGAAUUAAUAUUUCCCCCUGAAUUACUGCUAAUGGAUAAAGAAAAAAAAGAAAAACUCAUUUUCCAAGGGGGGCGUAUGACUUGGAUAUCACCUUCCAGUCUUCAGGAACUUCUGCAACUGAAAGCAACAUAUCCGAAGGCUCCACUUGUUGUGGGAAACACCAUCGUCGGUCCCGAAAUGAAGUUCAGAGGAAUUUUUCAUCCUGUUAUAAUUUCCCCUUCAAGAAUACCGGAGCUCAAUUUUGUAAUUCAUAAGGAUGAUGGAAUAACAGUAGGGGCAGCUUGCAGUUUAACAGUGCUGAAAGAAGCUCUAAAGGAAGUUGUCACCCAACAACCAGAGGAAAAGACCAAAUUAUUUCAUGCCCUUCUACAGCAACUUGAAACACUCGGAGGUCCACAGAUAAGGAACACAGCAUCUCUAGGAGGAAACAUUAUAAGCCGUUCUCCAACAUCUGAUCUAAACCCAGUUCUGGCUGCAGGCAACUGCAUUCUAACUGUGGCAGCAAUAGAUGGAACUAGGCAGAUGCCAUUGGAUGAGGCAUUUUUUGCUCAUUCGUUGAAGGCUGAAGAGGUUUUAGUAUCAGUUCAUUUACCUUAUUCCAAGAAGGGGGAUCAUUACUCCGUUUUCAGACAGGCCCAGAGACGAGAGAAUGCAUUGCCUAUUGUCACUGCUGGAAUGAAAGUUCAGUUUGAAGAAAACACUGACAUAAUUAAAGUCAUUCGUAUCUUCUAUGGUGGUGUUGGUCCAACCACUGUUUUUGCAAAGACCACAUGUCAAGAUCUGAUAGGAAAGCACUGGGAUGACCACAUGCUAAGUGAAGCCUGCAGACUCAUGGUGCAUGAGAUUACCCUUUCUCCCUCAGCCCCGGGAGGCAUGGUAGAAUACCGCAGUACUCUGACCAUCAGCUUUUUUUUCAAAUUCUACCUUGAGGUGUUACAGAGACUUAACCACAUGGGCACUCAUUAUUCAGAUGUCAGUGCUCUUAACAGUUUUGAAACAUUAUGCAAUGAAAAUGUCCAGCUGUACCAGGAUGUAUCUUCACGUCAAUCAGUACAAGAUCCCAUCGGACGGCCUAUCAUGCAUUAUUCUGGAAUAAAACAUGCUACUGGCGAGGCUGUAUACUGUGAUGACAUGCCCUGUGUAGAUGGCGAACUGUUUUUGUAUUUUGUCACCAGUACAAAGGCUCAUGCAAAAAUUGUGUCACUGGAUUUCUCGGAGGCCUUGGCCCAGCCAGGAGUGGUGGAUGUUGUAACAACAGAAGAUUGUCCAGGCACAUGCAAAUCUAUGUUUGAGGAAGGGGAGGUACCAUUGCUAGCCAAAGACAAGGUGCUUUGCGUGGGUCAGAUCAUCUGUGCAGUUUUGGCUGACACUCCUGCCAGAGCUAAAAAGGCAGCUGCUGCAGUUAAAGUGGUGUAUGAGAAUCUGGAGCCGGUCAUUCUAACCAUUCAGGAAGCCAUUGAACACAAUUCAUUUUUUAAGCCACAAAGAAAGCUGGAGAAUGGAAAUGUGGAAGAAGCAUUUAAAUCUGCUGAUCAAAUACAGGAAGGUGAAAUAUACAUUGGAGGACAGGAGCAUUUCUACAUGGAGACCCAGAGUAUCCGUGUUUUGCCUAAGGGAGAGGACAAAGAGAUGGAUGUGUAUGUGUCUACACAGGAUCCAACAUAUAUUCAGAAUCUUAUAGCUACAAUACUGAACGUGCCAUCAAACAGGAUAACAUGCCACGUGAAAAGGGUUGGAGGAGCUUUUGGAGGCAAAACCACAAAGACAGGAAAUAUUGCAGCAAUUACUGCUGUAGCAGCAAACAAGACACGGAGGGCUGUUCGGUGUGUUUUCGAGCGUGGUGAUGAUAUGUUAAUAACAGGAGGAAGACACCCCUUUCUUGGGAAAUAUAAAGUGGGAUUCAUGAACGACGGGCAUAUUACAGCAGUGGAUGUGGCUUACUUCAGUAAUGCCGGGUGUACCCCGGAUGACUCUGUUCUUGUUGUUGAGAUUGCACUGAUGAACAUGGAUAGUGCUUACAGGCUGCCCAAUGUGCGAUGUACAGGGACUGCCUGCAAGACAAACCUCCCCUCAAACACUGCCUUCCGAGGAUUUGGCUACCCACAGGCUGCCUUUGUCACAGAAACAUGGAUCAGUGAAGUGGCUAUAAAGUGCAGAAUUCCACCUGAAAAGGUCAGGGAAAUGAAUCUGUAUAAGGAUAUCAGCCAAACACAUUUCAGGCAGGAAAUACUAGCCAGGACUCUGGGAAUGUGUUGGAAUGAAUGCAUGGAGAAGUCUUCCUACAACAGCAGAAGACUGGCCAUUGAGAAUUUCAAUAAAGACAAUUAUUGGAAGAAAAAGGGCCUUGCCAUUAUUCCUAUGAAAUUUCCUAUUGGAUCACUGGCAAAGUUCUUUGGACAGGCUGCUGCUCUUGUCCACAUCUAUUUGGAUGGAUCAGUGUUGGUGACCCAUGGUGGAAUAGAGAUGGGGCAAGGAGUUCAUACAAAGAUUAUGCAGAUUGCCAGUCGUGAGUUGGGCAUCCCUCUAUCAUACAUCCAUAUUUGUGAGACCAACACAAGUUCUGUUCCAAACACUCAGGUCUCUGGAGGCUCCCUAGGGACAGAUGUCAAUGGCAUGGCAGUGAAGAAUGCAUGUGAAAUCCUUAUGCAACGCCUUCUGCCAAUUAGAAGUAAGAACCCUAAAAGUUCCUGGAAGGAAUGGGUAACUGAAGCCUAUAUGCAGUCAGUCAGCCUCUCAGCUACAGGAUUCUGCAGGUCCUUUGACAGAGAAUUAAACUGGGAGACCGGAGAGGGCAACCCAGUUCACUACUGUGUGUAUGGAGUUGCUUGCUCUGAGGUAGAAAUUGACUGUCUCACUGGAGAUCACAAGAACCUCAGGACAGACAUCGUUAUAGAUUUUGGUUGCAGCAUCAACCCAGCUGUGGAUAUUGGACAGAUUGAAGGUGCAUUUGUGCAAGGUCUUGGACUAUUUACGAUUGAAGAACUCAAGUUUUCUCCAAACGGAGUGCUCUAUACCCGUGGCCCAGCUCAAUAUAAGAUCCCUUCUGUCCGUGAUAUCCCUGAACAAUUUAAUGUGUCACUGCUUUCCAAUGUUCCCAACAGCUGCGCCAUAUACUCUUCAAAGGGAGUUGGAGAGCCAGCUCUGUUUUUGGGGUCCUCAAUCUAUUUUGCUAUAAAAGAUGCAGUGUUAUCAGCCCGAAGAGAAAGAGGGAUGUCUGAGCUCUUUACGCUAAACAGUCCAGCAACUCCAGAGAAGAUAAGAAUGGCUUGUGGUGACCAGUUCACAGAUAUGAUUCCACAGAAUGUCCCUGGCUCUUAUGUGCCCUGGGCUGUCAAUGUGUAAUUGGAACUUAUACAGUAUGGCAAUGCCACCAGCAAAGUGCAACCUUGCUCACUAUUAACUCAGUGCAUAUGAUAACAUGCUCUCUGUCUAUUUACACCUGCUAAAAUAUUUCAUAUGGUUUAAUAGUGUAUUAAUGUUAACAAGCUUAAGUUUUUGUAAGUCAACAUAUUCUUCAUAUUAUAAAUGGUAAUUAUCAAUUUACUCUGUAAUCUGUGCAGUUAUGCAGAGCCUCUUCCAUCUAUAUAAACCAUUUUUGCUCUGCAACCAAGGAAAUACGGCUCACUUUUAAUUUAGGGCAUAUAGGAAUUUAAUAUUCAAUAUCAAUAAUUUUGAUUGAUUCACAAAGAGAUCCGCCAUUACUUAGAGGUAUUUUACACUACAGACAGACCUCAGGUCAACUGUGAAAUCCUAGUAUGUUACCCACAUACAGUUCCACUGCAAUGGAACACACAUUAUUUAAAAUUGGAGACACUCAUUUUCCACACUAAACUAGAAUCAUAAAUCACAAAUCAUUUUAUUUCUAAAUGGGAAAAUUAUUUAAUGUAAUCAAAGAAUAUAAGUCUCAUUUAUGACCACAAUCUCAGAGUGGAAAAAUGGAAGUAAAAUCAUCCGUAUACUGAUGCUGUUCAUAAAAGGUACUUGUACCCAAGCAUGCUCCUCGCACUUCCAUGUACUUGCACUAAGCACCAGUGUGGAUACUCAGCCUGCUUUGAUAAAUAGUGAACAAGUGCACCUACUGAUUGCCCAGUAUUACCACCGCCCUGGACGUGGCACUAAUUUCAGGGUUCUAUCAACAGUUAUAUCAAUAAUCAACAGACUGGGUCCAAGAAAAUUGCAUGCUGAUGCCACAAGCACAGGCAUGCCAGAAAUAAUACAAUCCUCACUGUGAUAAUGCUAUAGUCUGUAUUUAGAGUUUGGAAAUAACACAGCAUCUUAAGAAUGUGUUAUAUUGCAGGUAACAGCACCCAUAGCAUCAACAGUAUAUUAUGUAAUGCUGCAUAUGUUACAAUUGUUUUUAGGUAUGGACUAAAUCCAGAAUGAGGUCCCAGAAUUAUUUGCAAGAUAUUGAUUCCCCAGUAUCCCUAGCCUUUGACUGCAUUAAAUAUACAUUUGUAUAUACUUAUUUUGAUCAGAUCAGUAUUCUCAUUAUUUUCCACAUCUUGAAAUGUACCCUGUUAGCACUGGAAUAAAUGGUUUAUGGACUGAUGUCUGA